CUCUUGCUGAUAACAUUCCGCUGUCAAAUGAAUGUGUUCUUCAUUUUCUGACUGUUUUUCUUUCGUUUUUAGUGCCGUGAGAUACAGUUGACAAGUUUGAAAACGCGGUUGUUGGGUAAAAUACGGUUUAAACGUCGUCUUUAUGCGAGAAUACAAACUAUUUCAGAUCUUUAAUCAGCGGAGAGUUUAUUCGGCACGACCCCGUUAGCUUGCUAGCGGUUAGCACUGCGGUACCUCAGCCGGUCGCUGACCGCGAGCCCGCUAUGACUUUAGGUAGCAGCGGCGAAACGUCACUUUUAAAGCGGCUAUAACAUGGUCGUUGGGAGCCAAAGAAUCCGACCGUGUUGUGAGUGAAUCCGUGUUAUAACAGUGUGGAAAAUCUGGCAGUAGAAAACAUUCUGUGAGCUUUUUUUAAAAAAAGAUAAACCAGUUCCCUGAAGAAAUCGCAAAAACUAUGAUCGUUUUCACCAUGCUGAUAACUCUUUUUUUCAUUUGUUGACUGUCAAUGUAAUUAAUAAAAUAUUUUGCUGCCUGUGACAUCCGUUCGCGUCUGCCGCACUGAGAACUCUCACUCACGCGCUUCUGCGCUCCGAGACAUUCUGUUUAGUUUUCAUGUACUCCUUGUAAAAUGAUGUUUCUGUAAAGAAAUAACAGAACCCGCUUUCUCAGCGGAUCCACUCGAACUCGCCACCUUGUGAAAGCUCCGCUCUAACGAACAGCAGUAAAUAUGAAGGCCCGUAGAAAACUAUCCAAUCACGUGAAGAAUAAAACUUAAAAACAAUUCCAAUUGGCUGCUAAAAAAGAAGGCGAGUCCAGGGCCAAAUCUUGAAUCCGCCAAUAAAAACGCAGCCUCAGGUCACCUGAUCUUUAAAAGUUUGUGUAGCCACAUACACACUCAUUCAGCCGGUGCCCCGAAGGGCGGAAGUAUACCGGAAGUAUUGGUGUUCACAUAAAAUUUAAAUAAAUGCAGUUUAAAAACGGGUUAAAAUAUUUAGAUGGAUACAUGCUUAAGUAGGAUGAGUAAACAAUUUUGACUGAAUAAAUACUUUUGCUUCAUUAAUUUAUGUUUAAUAUCACGUCAUCUGGAUAAUUGGAAGGGGGCGUGGCGCCACAGCGCCCCCUAUUGGCCAGCCGCUCCGAGUCUGAGACUGUGAACCAGAUUCGUUGUACUCUGCAAUGACAGUCAAGGAGCUCUGAUGCCAUGGUUUAUUGAGAUUAAUUAGCCGGUUAGCUUGCAGUAACUGUUUGUCAGUGAUUGUUCGGUUUAGAAACGGGGAGCGUUAUUAAAUGGCAGGUUGGAUGAGCGCGCGCAGGUCGUGCAGCCGAGCGGCAUUGGGUUUCCGAGCGGCACUGCGAGAAUCCAGCGCGCGCGUCAGGUAUCUCACAGUGUGUGCAGUCUUACUGAGGAAACCUCAACACUGGACGCAGUGCUGGAACCAAACGACAACCUCAGCAGCUCUCACUCGAAGUUUCAUCAGCCUCCCAAACAAGAGGAAGCAGUACUCAGAGCGACGCAUCAUGGGAUACUCGAUGCAGGAGAUGUAUGACGUCGUAGCCAACGUCGACGAUUACAAACACUUUGUUCCGUGGUGUAAAAAGUCCCAGACCGUAGUGAAGAGAGCGGGCCAUGCUAAAGCACAGCUGGAGGUGGGGUUUCCUCCAGUGGUGGAGAGGUACACGUCCAUGAUCACCCAAGUUCGCCCGCAUCUCGUCAAAGCCGUUUGUUCAGAUGGAAAACUUUUCAAUCACUUAGAGACGAUAUGGCGGUUCAGCCCAGGCAUUCCCGGAUAUCCCAGGACCUGCACAGUGGAUUUUUCUAUCUCAUUCGAGUUCCGCUCGGUUCUGCACUCGCAGCUCGCCACCAUGUUCUUCGAUGAGGUGGUGAAGCAGAUGGUGGCAGCGUUCAGGAGCCGAGCCGGGAAACUCUACGGCCCUGAAACUCGCAUCCCCAGAGAACUCAUGUUCCAUGAAGUGCAUCAGACAUGAAACGGCAGCAGCGAGCAUGCCACACACACGAGAGACGAGUUUAUUUUUUGUUCUGUAUGGACAUCACUACCUUUUUAGGUCUUGACACGGAAACAUUGUAUCGGAGAGCAAGAACGUUUGAGCUGGAGGGCAGGGUUCUGAGUUUUCUAAACCUCUUCUCAGGCAGAAAAUUCAUGAUUUGUUAAAAUAGUAAUUAAAAUAAUUUGGGGGUUAAUUCUGAAGCAGCGAGCAUUCUAUCACAGUAGACUUGAUAAGACUUGUUUUAACGCCAAUAAUGUUACGUUCCAUCCUGGAUUAUUUAUUGCACCAAACUGUUAAACAGUCGAAUGCUGUAGUUACUGUAAAGUGCAGUUUGCUGGAAUUGGAAGAAUAAAGAUUUUGUUCCAGUUUCACUCUCAGCCUGACUGAGAAAGCAGGCAAUAUGGCGAACGCACCAUAUCACCGUACUUGAGAUUUUUGCAAUGCAGAGCACACAUCACUGGAGAUGGAACGGUGUAUCGUAUGGCAUCAUGUUAUUUAUCACGAUACUGAUAGUCAUGUCAUCAUAGCACCCAGCCCUGGUCUAUAUAUUUAAAAUAAAAA